GACCUGCUUGGGACCUGACACAUGGUACUUGGAAUGAUGGCCUUGCAACUGGUGCUAUUGUAUCCAUUGACUGCCUUAUGCCCAAUGGGCUCCUCAUUCCCAUACAAACUGAGCCUCACAUUACAUUGGUGGAGCUCAAAACGGAUCUCUGGGAGGAGGCAAGUCAUUAUCCACUCUUCGGUGCCCUGCAGGACAGGGGUGCUUAUGUCUUUCAGUGUAUAAAUCAAUCUGGUCGGAAGCAAGACUUGACUGAUGAGUCCUAUGCAUUAUCUGAUGUUCGUCCAUUUGUGAAUUUACUCCGGGUUGUUCCACGAAAAGAGACAUGCAGUGAUAAGGUUCUUGAUGCAGAAAUUGGUCUCCUCAUUGGCAGAGAACUGCAUCAAUUUCAUUCCUUGAAGAAUUCAGAGGUGAAUGAUUUCCGAUGGCAAGGGAAGCAAUUGGCCAAUGAGCUUGCUGUUCAUCGUGAGAAUCUCUCGUGGAAAGAGAGGGUCCUGUCCCAGCACCCCAUACGUCUUUUGCCACCCUCUUUCAACCUCCUUCGUUCUGUUGUGCAGCAAGACAGCUUUGUUGUACUUGUGCAGUUUCAGGGAGGCAAGAUGGCUUUUACAAUGAGUGUGAAGCUGGGAUCUACUCCAACCGAUCUCAUUUGCUUGGUCUUGAGCAAGAAACCAGUGGCGAAUUCCUCAACCCACCCAGUGCCUUUGAAACCAGAAGAUCUUGUGCUCAAGUUCUAUGGCCUGGAAGAAUACCUCCUUGAAGAGGUUCCCCUCAUCCACUAUGUCCACAUCCAAGAGUCUCUUCUUGCUCAUGAGACCCCCAUCUUGGUUGCACGCCAUAUUGAUUCCAUCAAUGUGGCUCCACCAGGGAUUUAUUGCAGAGUGCCAGACAUGGAAGAGUUGCCAUCACGCUUGUCUUCAUCAUCGUCAGGAACAUUGAGGCGCAAGAGGCCACCUCCCAUCCUUUCUUGGGAUGUAUCUGCAUUCUUCACCAUCAAGAUACAUUCUCUUACUAAGCUUACAGCAACUUCAGGUGGACAAAGUCUCAUGGUGGGAGCAACUGGAGGGGUGUACCAUGCAGGUGAAAGCUUGUGUGAACAGGAAAAAGCCCUCAGCACUUCUUCGAGCCCAGAUGAGGUGAAAUGGGAAGAAGAAAUAUGUUUUUGCAUUAAAGUUUCUGAUCUCCCACGAAUGGCCACCCUCUGCCUUGCUGUCUAUGAACUACAGAAACUGAAAUCCCGCUCCAACAUCUCUGAUUCGUCCCUAUACUCCUCUGACUCUUUACCCCGAACUCAGGUGCUGCCAAUUGGGUGGGUGAACACGCCGAUCUUUGAUUUCCGAGGGAUGUUGAAAAAGGGGGUAGCGUCACUGCCCUUAUGGCCCUAUUCACUCGAUGUUCCUCGGGAUGGACUUCUCUGCCCUUCUGGGACUAACUUCCUCAAUCCCAAUGUGGAGAACCUACCCGUGCUUACUAUGUCCUUUGCUAAAUAUGAUCCUGACAGAGGGAUUCAGUACCCACCAUUAGAUAAAAUCUUCAUGGAAGGGAAGCAGGAGAUGGAUAGUCCUUCCAGGACAAAUGGGGCUCCCUUAAAUCGGGAUUGCAUUCUGGAUGUGAAAGAUGAGAAUGAUGUGCUGGAGCGGGUAAGGGCAAUCAUCCAGAGUAGUCCAGCAAUUGACGGGGAUCUACAUACACAAGACAAAGAUGAUUUAUGGAUCUCUCGCCAGCUUCUCAAAGAGAAGCUACCUGAUGCUCUCCCCAAAUUAUUACGUUCUGUUGAAUGGACUAAUCGAUGGGAGGUCUGUGAAAUGCUGACAUUACUCCAGGAAUGGCCAUUGAUUCCAGCUGAAUCAGCCUUGGAGCUCUUCUCAGGCUAUUUCUUGGAGCCUCGCAUCAGGGAAUAUGCUGUUGACUGUCUCAAAUCUCUCAGUGAUGAGGAGCUGUUCUUGUAUCUGUUACAUUUGAUCUGCUCCUUGAGACAGGAGUUGUACCUCCACAAUUCCCUGGCUGACUUCCUUCUUGACCGAGCACUGAAAAACAAACGAAUUGGUCACUUCUUCUUCUGGCUUCUCAGGUCAGAGAUGGGGAAUCCCCACUUGAAGAUAGUUUUUGGCUUGUACUUGGAAGUAUAUUGUCGAGGAAGUGCAGAUCACAUGAAUGAUCUCUCAGGUCUUGCAAAUGCUGUGACAGAAUGUCAGCGAGUGAAUCUCCAGUUCUGCUCUUGCAAAGAACCACGUGAGAAGCUACGUUUCCUUCUGCAAGAUAUCCUAUCCCAGGGAUCCUGCUUGUCAAGGCUGUCUUCCUUCCUGAACCCCCUUGAACCAAGUGCCAGGUGUGAGAAGCUCCUUGUCCAAAAAUGCAAGGUGAUGAAUUCAAAGAACCGACCUCUAUGGCUGGUUUGGUCCACAUCUGACAUGGGGGCACCUCCCAUUCAGCUCAUCUUCAAGAAUGGUGACGAUUUGAGACAAGACAUGCUCACCAUUCAUGCCCUUCGACUAAUGGAUCGUCUUUGGAAGCAUGCUGGCCUUGACCUCAGGCUGAGCCCUUACUCAUGCCUGGGAAUGGACUUCCGAUUGGGUUUCAUUGAAGUUGUGCCACAAUCUGAAACACUUGCCAACAUCCAGAAGGAAAAGGCACCAGUGCGGUCUGCAUUCAGUAAAGCAGCUCUCCUCUCCUGGCUGCGAGAUCAUAACCCAAGAGAAGAAGACCUUGAGACUGCCAUCCAAGAGUUCACGCUCUCAUGUGCUGGUUACAGUGUGGCCACUUAUGUUCUUGGCAUUGCUGAUCGCCACUCAGACAAUAUCAUGCUGCGCUCCAAUGGCCAGCUAUUCCACAUCGACUUUGGUCACAUCCUUGGACAUUUCAAAGAAAAGUUUGGGAUCCGAAGGGAACGAGUUCCUUUUGUUUUGACGAAGGACUUUGUUUAUGUUGUUGGAAGAGGUUCUGGUCGCACCUCACAAGAAUUCCAGGCAUUUCAGACUCUCUGUGAAAAAGCAUACAUGGUGCUAAGGUGUCAUGGGAACCUCCUCUUGUCCCUAUUUUCAUUGAUGCUGCCACUGGGGCUUCCUGAACUGACAUCGCCAAAGGAUCUGGAAUACCUGAAGGACACUCUUGUUCUUCACUUGUCUCAUCAGGAUGCAUUGCAGCACUUCAGGACAAAGUUUUCUGAAGCUCUCAACAAUUCUUGGAAGGUUCUUGUCAAUUGGUACACUCACAAUUUGGCCAAGAGCACAACC